AUGGCCUUUCAAACUGCGCACCACAAUACCGGCCUUGUGGUAAACCAAGCCCAUAACGUGGUGAUUCAGGAGCAAAACAUCACAUACGUUUUAAAUGACGAGAGUAUUUCGGUAAACAAAAGCUUCUUCAGUGGCUCACACUAUGAACGACACAAGAACGUUAAUCCUCCACGAACCAAAGACACAUGCAGAUGGUUCUUGAAUCAUUUGACAUUUCAGGAAUGGCGACAAAGGGGCCGUAGCGACGUCUUAUGGGUCUCUGCUGACCCCGGCUGUGGCAAAUCCGUUCUAUCAAGAUCCCUGGUUGAUGAAGGACUAACCCACAAUGGAUCAGCCACAACUUGCUAUUUCUUCUUCGAAAGUAACGAAGAUCAGAAUCAAAUAACAACAGCAAUUUGUGCGUUACUGAAUCAAUUGUUCUGUCGGGGAAGGGGAGAGAAGCUUUUCCGAAAGUUCGCCAUUGAGGCUAUUGAAAAAGAUGGGGGGAAAUUGAAGGACAACUUUGGAUUGCUAUGGGAUCUAUUCAUUUCUGUCGCCUCCGAUUCUGCAACUGGGGAUGUAAUCUGUAUUCUUGAUGCACUUGAUGAAUGCCGACAACCGGAUCGCAAUACUCUUAUGCUUCACCUAAAGCAGUUCCAUGAGAAAUUCGCCGACAAGUGGAACGAAUCUUGA